GCGGGGCCUUGAUUCCCCUUCACGGAAACCCCCAGGCGCGGACACACGGCGCGGCCCGCCGCGUAGGCGCCGCCCGCGGGGCCGGAGCCUCUGAGGAUGUCUGCGGUGCUCCAGAAGCUCAAGAGGUUCAAGCUGCGGGCCCUGCACAACGAGAAGAAAUUUGGGGUGGCGGGCAGGAACUGCGAGGAAGUGCUGCGGAAGGGCUGCCUCCACUUGCAGCUCCCCGUUCCUGGCUCCACCCUGUGUCUCUACGAGGAUGGCACGGAGGUGACUGGAGAUUACUUCUGGAGUGUCCCCGAUGACUCGGAGCUCGUGCUUCUCACUGCGGGGCAGACCUGGCAGGGUUACGUGAGUGACAUCAGCCGCUUCCUGAGCGUGUUCCAGGAGCCGCACGCAGAGCUUAUCCAGGCCGCCCGACAGCUGCUGUCGGACGAGCGGGCCCCGCUGCGUCAGAAGCUCCUGGCCGACCUGCUGGGCACCGUCAGCGAGAACAUCGCAGCCGAGACCAGGGCCGAGGACGCGCCGUGGUUCGAAGGUUUGGAGUCCCGGUUUAGGAACAAGUCUGGCUACCUGAGAUACAGCUGUGAGAGCCGGAUCCGGAGCUACCUGAGAGAGGUGACGUCUGGCGCGUCCCUGGUUGUGACGGAGGCUCGGGAAGAGUACCUGCGGGUCGUGGGUGCCAUGUGUCAGAAGCUCCAGGCCGCCCGCUACAACAGCAGCUACUUCGACAGGGGGGCAAAGGCUGGCCGCCGGCUCUGCACGCCCGAAGGCUGGUUCUCCUGCCAGGGUCCCUUUGACGUGGACGACUGUGCUUCCAGACACUCCAUCAACCCCUACAGCAACAGGGAGAGCCGCGUCCUCUUUAGCACCUGGAACCUGGACCACGUGAUAGAAAAGAAGCGCACGGUCGUCCCCACGCUGGCCGCGGCCAUCCACGACGCCGAGGGGAGAGAAGUGGACUGGAAGUACUUCUACCGCCUGCUCUUCACCUCUGAGAACCUCAAGUUAGUCCACAUCGCCUGCCACAAGAAGACCACCCACAAACUCCUCUGUGACCCCAGCAGGAUCUACCGAGCGCCGGCGGUGCCCCGGAGGAAGCGGCGUGCUCGCCAGCGCCCGUGAUGCAGCCCGGACAGCACGUGCAUCCUUCCAACAGGUGCUCCUUUUUUUGUUUUUUUGGCCACUCCAAUAUUCCCGGAAAACACUUGAAAAAAAUCUCCCUACAGAUUCUGGUUUGAGCACAUUUCUGAAGCUGUCUCCUGACCUCUGCAAGCCCAGCUGCCAGAGGACGAUGCUGGUGGCUCCCGGGACACCCAGGCUCAGGAGUGGCCUCCCUCCAGCUUCACCCAUGUGUGCGUGCGGUGUCCCCAGCCAGGCGGCUCCCCUCUCGCCUGGCCACUCGGGCUUCAGGGAGCUUGUGUGAGCCCUCAGCUCCUCUGGGCCUCCACGCACGCCCCAGGCAAACGCAGUGCUCUGUCCUCUGGUCUCUUCUAAAUGCUCGAAAGAGUCGUGACCCUUUUGGGGUAAAAUACAAGGAUAUUCACUGCUGUAUUAUUUCUAACUGCAGAAAGUGGGAAACCCUCCAAAUGUCCGUGGGGCUGCUUGUGGCAUUCUGCUGACCCAUAGGCAAUUGGUGUUUCUAUGGGUCCAAAAUGGUCAGAUAGAUAGCAUUAAUUUCAUGACUCAACCUGACACAUCUACUCUGUAAGUUUCGGGCAUUUAUGUGAGAAGUGGGAAGCUGGCUGUUAAGUGCACGAGGCAGGCAGGUGGCUCGGCCAUGCCCAGUGUGACACGGGUGUGUAUCACACGUAUGCGCCGGUCAUGCAGAGACCGUCACUGUGUGUGAAGAGCAGGAAACCUGGGGGGUGGGGUGGGGUGACUGGGUCACAAAGGACUAAUUUUCUAAAUCAUGCAUUUUAUAAUACUUGAAGUUUUUGAAAUAAGCAUUUAUUUCAUAAUUUUUUUAAAUUUACUUUUUAAAGUCACAUUUUAUAAUACUUGAAUUUUUACAUGUACUGUAUAAUCACGAAAGCAAUAAAGAUUUUUUAAAAAUAGA